CGCGUGCGCCGGUGCGCGAUGACUGUUUACAUAAACAGUUGCAUUUCCGGUGUUUGGGUGGUGUGACGUCCUGCUUUGAAAUAAAAGUUUUUCGCGCGUCAGUGCAGUGUUGGAGUAGUAGUCAUUUGUUAUUGUUCAGAGGGAUCAUGAGUUCGAAAAGAUAUAAAUUAAAAAAUAAUCGUGUGAAACGAAUGCUUCUAAUGGUUGACGACACGAUUCAAAGUACUGAUGAGGACUGUGUUGAGAACUGUAAUAAUCUUCCAGAAAUAACUGCUGGGACAUCUACAAGUUCUGCCGAACAACCUAAAUUAAAAGGCCUACUUUGUGUCCCUAUUGACAGUCAAGAUUCUAAUGAAAUAGAAACUUCUUCUAACCAAGCUUUGUCGAGAUAUUAUGGGUUACGAGAUUUACCGAAACAAAAAUACAUUGAUACUGAUCAAGAUUCAUUGCAUGAAGACUUUUCACCGGACUGCUCUGAAUAUGUUCCAAGUCCAGAGAGACCUGAAUCGAAAAGCCCGUUCAGUAACAUUUCAAGUCUUAGCGCUGACUCUCAAUGUAUUAAUAGAAUGAUAACUAAUUCAAAUUUUACUAGCACUCCAUCAACGAUCUCUAACAUAUCAGUGUAUUUAACAAACGUCAAUUUUGUAGCUUCACCCUCAAUCAUAUAUGAAGCAACUUCAGUUUUGUCUCCAUUAAAAAAAUCAAAUACUGUAACAAUAAACCAGUCAAAUAUUGAAUCAAAAACGUUAGAAGAUAGCCAAGAAGACACAACAAUAGACGAAACAUUAAAGCCAGAAGAAACUUUACAAAAAGAUAAUAUAACAUUGACAGAAAAUAUAAAUUGUUCACAAGACCAGGAAGUCAACAGCAAUAACGAGGAUAAAAUUGAAGUUCAAGAGAAUUCGGCAAACAAUACUGAAGAAACAGAUCAUAAUAGUAAUGAAUCUAAUCAACAAAAUCAGCAAGAAUUAGUUACAUCGGAAGAAGAAAAGAAAUUGACUAGAAAACGUAAACAGAAUACGAGUGAAUGGCGCCGUAACAAAAAUAAGGUUCUAAAAAAUUCUGGCCAAGCCUAUGAAGGUUGUAAUACAAAAAAAAAAUUCCCAGGUAAAACAAUAGGUUCCUUAUGUGUGUGUAAAAAAGGUUGUGGACAAAAAUUCAGUGAGUCAGAAAGACAAGCAAUUUUUGAUAAAUUUUAUGGUCUUGCUGACCGUGAACACCAAUGGUUGUAUAUCAGUAGACAUGUUGAAACCAAAAGCAUUAAACGAAUGACCUUAGAUCGUAAAAACAACCGCACACAAACACUUACAUAUUUUUUGAUUUCAAAUAAUGAGCGUAUACCUGUAUGUAAGACUUUUUUUUUAAAUACUUUGCAAAUCGGAGAGCAAGUUGUGUACACAGCAGUAGAAAAAGUUACGAGAGCCGAUGAGGGAUUAAAAGACAAAAGGGGAAUGCAUGACAAUAGACCUUAUAAAAUGAACACUGCUACAGAGGCCACUAUUAAAGCACAUAUUGAUUUAUUUCCUAAAGUGGAAUCCCACUAUACUAGAAAGGAUUCAAAAAGAGAAUAUCUUUCAGAAAAUUUAAAUAUCACGAAAAUGUAUCGCUUUUAUACUGAGUGGUUUAUACAGCAAGGCUACACAGAUAUUGUAAUGGGGACAAAGCGACAAUAUGAAACAGUUUUUAACUGCCAAUACAACUACUCGUUUUUCAAACCAAAAAAAGACCAAUGCACUUCUUGCUCAAUUUAUGAACAGUCAGAUUUGAACGGUAAAGCUACUCUAGAAGAAAAACAUAGACUCCAUUUACAGAAAAAAGAAAAGAUAAGAUUAUUGAAAAAAGAAGAAAUAGAGACAGCUGAUAAAGAUAAUACCACAGUCGCAAUCUUUGACUUGCAAAAAGUAUUGAGUAUACCUCAAUCUGAAGUGGGAACGUUUCAUUACAAACGAAAAUAUCCUUGCUACAAUUUUACCGUUUAUGAUGCCCUUCGGAAAAUAGGAUAUUGUUAUGUGUGGCAUUUUCAAAUAGCCAAACGAGGCAGCACAGAAAUAGGAAGUGCUUUACUAUUAUUUUUCAAGAGUGAACAAGAGAAAGGCAUUCGUACAUUUUCACUAUAUUCAGAUGGCUGUUAUGGUCAAAAUAAAAAUCGGUAUAUUUUUGCUCUGUAUAUUUAUGCUGCCAAACUUCUUGGGAUUUCCAUAACUCAUCGAUUUUUCGAAACAGGACAUAGCCAAAAUGAAGGGGAUUCUAUGCAUGCUUGCAUAGAAAAAAAUCUUAAGCAUAAAGUAUUGUACACUCCUGACCAAAUCUAUAGUAUUAUUUUAAACUCAAAGGUAACUGGUGAAAAAUAUCGCGUGAAAGAAUUGGAUCAGUCUGAAAUUUACGAUUUGAAACCACUCGUAGACGAUAAGCUUUGGCGGUGUGAUAAAAACCAUAAUGUGAGACACUGGGCUGACGUGAUGGAAGUUAGUGUGACUGAUUCAAAUCCAAACAAAUUGUUUUUUAAAUAUAAUUUUGAAGACGAUUGUUCAGAGCUUGAUAUAAACAAUCCUCGUUCUGCCUUAGGUAGACGAAGAGGACGAAAGAGUACUCAAGAUUCAAGUUCUGUAAGUACAGAUAAUAUUGAAUUGAAACGUGCAUACCACCAACCUAUUCCAAUAAGUAAAGCGUUGCAUGCAGACCUUUUAAGUUUAUGUAACAGUGAGGCUAUUCCGCGAUUUUACCAUCCAUUUUAUGAAUCAUUAUCUUGUACUGAAGCCCCGAUUGAAAGCACAUCUGAAGUAGAAGAAUAAUAAACGUGUUGUUUUAAUUAUUUAUUUUCUUAUAUCUUGAUAUAGAUUUUUUGUUCUUUGAGUACUUUUGUGUAUUUUGAUAUAAUUAUUUUGUGUAUAAUU